UAAGUUGUCAGCAUAUAGUAAUGUAAAUUUGAUGCUGUAUUUUCAGGCAAGAGGUAAGUAAUGCAUUAUUUCAUCUAAUAACUAAAACGUGGAUUAUUUGAUCAUCUGUACUACAUGUACUGUGUUAUAACUUUCACAUAUCUGGCCCAGAGGAAGUCCAAGAUCUCAGCCUCAAGAAAGCUUAUGCUAAAGAGUCUGAUGGUGGCCAAAGCCAAGGAGGAGCUGGAUCAGGAGGUGUUGGAUAAAGAGGAGGAGAAGCAGAGGUAUCUGAUGGAGAAAGUUCCUCCUCUGCAGACACAGGGCAUGUCAUUCGCUGAGCUUCAGGAGCUCUGUCAAGAGCUCCAUGCGAAGAUUGAUGUGGUGGAUGAGGAGCGCUAUGAUAUUGAAGCCAAAGUCUUACUGAAUAAGCGUGAGGUCAAAGACCUGAACAUUAAGGUUCUGGACCUGAGGGGGAAGUUCAAGCGGCCCACCCUGAGGAGGGUGAGGGUCUCAGCAGACGCCAUCCUCCGAUCUCUCCUGGGCUCAAAGCACAAAGUCUCAAUGGACCUACGAGCCAACCUCAAAUCUGUGAAGAAAGAGGAUACUGAGAAGAAGAGGCCAGUUGAGGACAGCGACUGGAGGAAGAACGUGGAGGCCAUGUCUGGUAUGGAGGGAAGAAAGAAGAUGUUUGAUGCGGCAAAAGGCCCCACCCAGUGAAACCUUGUCUAGUACAGUUAACAAUCUACGUAUUAUUUGGCAGCAAAAAAAAAAAAAAGGAUUAGAUUUAGAGUUACAUACUAAAUAUACCAUUAAAUACCAGAUAUACUGUUAUUUCAGAUUUUGUUGGUAUGACAAUUGUAAUUCAUUGCAACUGCUCAGCAUUGGUGCAAAUCUUUACAUGUGGCCAAUAAGUAAAUAAUUACUAACUGUAUUAUGUCAAUAUUCAGUUAUUAGGAAGAGUCAAUGGAAGGGCGUACCAAUGUAUUAUGAGAAUAAACAAAGAUACAUUUUUGUUGAUGUACAAUACUCGUUAUAUAUGUUUAAUCUUUCCAAAAGGUUCCCAUGCUCAGUUUGCCAUGGUUUUCUGUGAAUUAUUGUUUACGAAAGCUCAUAAUUCUGAUUUGCAGUGGUGAAAUUAAAUACAUAAAAUAGAAAGCACAUAAAGUUCAUCCAAAUUGUAUGUUGGUAAUUGUACUUGCAAAAAAGUGUAUAUAAUAACACAGCUAGAAUAGUGUCAUAAUGUAUUUUUGCAUGCUAUAUAACAGUAAAGUGCCUGAAGAAUUUAAA